GCCUCCUUCUGCCCACGGCCGAGGAACCGCGCUCCCCUCCGCGGCGGGCACAGAUCGUCCUUUAAUGACGCCCGCCGACGCAGUUUCCUUUCCGGCCGGCAGCCUUUCCGCGUCGCAACGAGCUUUUCUGUGACUCAGUGUCGUCUUCUGCCGGAUAAUCCAUCACCCUGAGGAUUCUUUCGCGUAUUGGGAAGUAUGGCAUGAGGAUGCGGUGGGUGCUGGUGGUGGGCGCCGUGUCGCUGCUCGUGCCGCCGCCCGCCGCCUGCGCGCUCCGGUCGCUGCAGCGAGGACACAGCUACAAGAUCAGCCCGAAGCCGUGCUCGGUGAACAGCGUGGAGGGCACGUGCAUGUUCGUGUGGGAGUGCAUCAAGAGCGAGGGCCGGCACGUGGGCAUGUGCGUGGACACGUUCAUGUUCGGCAGCUGCUGCGCGCACAACGAGUCCAGCAACGAGGCGCUGCCGCCUUCGCUGCCGCCCGGCCCGCCGGGAACCCCGGCCGUGCUCUACGUGCCCCCGGAUCCUCCCGUCACCUCGGCCAGCGGCAUCCACUGGAGCUCGAAGCCGGCGAGCACGUGGGGCGUGUGGCAGCAGCCCAGCAGCACGGAGCCGCCGUUCGUGACGCGGCCCAGGCCCAGGCCGCCUCCAACGACGACGACGCCCACUCGACGCCCCCCGUCAACUCACUACACUGCUGGAGCUGCUGCCACCACUGUCACGCGCCGUCGCCCGAGCACUACGACCACCAGCACGACAACCACCACCACAACGACCACUACCACCACGACGACCACGACUACCCCGCGGCCGACGACGACCACGACCACCACCACUACGACGACGACAACGACGCCACGGCCAACGAGCCCCGCGCAACCUUCCGUGUCGACUGUGUCGGCCACUGGCGAAGGCGGCGUCCAGUGCGGCGUGCCCCCGCUGUUCCCGCGGCCCGAGAUGCGCAUCGUGGGCGGAAAGAACGCGCCUUUCGGCGGCUGGCCGUGGCAGGUGUCGGUGCGCCGGACGUCGUUCUUCGGAUUCUCGAGUACCCACCGCUGCGGCGGCGCGCUGCUUAACGAGAACUGGAUCGCCACCGCUGGCCACUGCGUCGACGACCUGCUGACGUCGCAGAUCCGCGUGCGCGUGGGCGAGUACGACUUCUCGAGCGUGCAGGAGCCACUGCCGUUCGUGGAGCGCGGCGUGGCGCGCAAGGUGGUGCACCCGCGCUACAACUUCUUCACGUACGAGCACGACCUGGCGCUCGUGCAGCUGGAGCGGGCGCUCGAGUUCGCGCCGCACAUCGCGCCCAUCUGCCUGCCCGCCACCGACGACCUGCUCGUGGGCGAGAACGCCACCGUCACCGGCUGGGGCCGCCUCAGCGAGGGCGGCACGCUGCCCUCCGUCCUCCAGGAGGUCUCAGUUCCAAUUGUAAGCAACGACAAAUGCAAGUCAAUGUUUCUUCGUGCUGGUAGACAUGAGUUCAUUCCAGAAAUAUUCUUGUGUGCAGGCUAUGAAAAUGGAGGACAGGACUCCUGCCAGGGCGAUUCUGGUGGCCCACUGCAAGUUCGUGGUAAAGAUGGGCAUUACUUUCUAGCAGGAAUCAUCAGUUGGGGCAUCGGAUGUGCUGAAGCCAACCUGCCUGGAGUUUGCACACGGAUAUCAAAAUUUGUUCCAUGGAUACUUGAAAAUGUGACAUAGUUCCUCAUACUUGUUAUUGAGAUAGCUACCUUGAAAAAUAACUCUGCCAGUACUGUGAAAGUUCCAGAAAUAUCAUUGAAUCACAGUCAGAACAGUAGACCAUCAAUGCAAAGUAAAUCUGACCCAACAACUAUGAUUAGGUUUAAUGAUGCAAUUUACUUUUCAUGGACUCAUUGGACAUUACCAAAAGUGAUUAAGCACCAUGCCACAUGAACUGUCAAUUUGUAUUUUUGCUUUAGACUGUUGGAAAUGUGUCAACCACAUAAUGUGAAUCUUGUAACAAAUGACCUCAGAGUAAUUUGUGCUAUGAAUGCUUUGUGUAAUGCAUUAUCUUUGCAUUAACACACAAAGGAUUCAAAUCAAAUGAUGGUCAAAACAUAAAAGGAGAGAGACCAUACUUGCUGCCCUAGGGAGAAAAUAUUUUUUAAAGCCAAAGACAUAGCUUUUAUUUACUUCUAUUUAUAAAA